AUGUUUCGAGCCUUAUUUCGUUGUCUUCCGGGACUGUCCACCAUCGCCUUGCUGAUACUGAUAGGCUUCGCAUUUUUUGACCUCGAUUCCCGGCUUCCCUUGAAGGCACACGUGAGCCAUGGGAGCGUCCACAAGCACUGGAAAGCUGAACAUGGCGAGCUCAAGCUUUCGCAGAAAAUAUUUGUGCUCUACUUCCUGAUCACCCAUAUUGACACCGCGGGAUUCUCGCUGCGACUUUGCCUGGCGCUCGUGCUUGUCCGUCGCAAGAUCAAGGAAACGCUCAAACGACGGCAGAUUCCACUACCUGACGCAUUCGAGCAAGAUGGUUCUCCUCUUCUCAAGCACAGACGCGGAAACUCACCCCCUCCGCCGUAUACCUCUGCGCCACCUUCGCCUUCCUUGAAUGAAUUGUCGCCACAUUCCGAGGUGAAGCAUGCCAUCAUCAUUCCAAACUAUUCCGAGUGUCUGGAGACGCUGCAAACAACGUUGAAAAAUCUCGCUUCACACCCGAGAGCCCGGACGCAAUACGAGAUAUACCUGGCGAUGGAAAAGAAAGAGGCAGGAUCGGAAGCGAAAGCGGCGACGCUGAUCUCUGCGUUCGAAGACGAAUUCGCCGAAAUCCGUGCCACGUUCCACCCUAGCGACAUACCCGGAGAGAUCGCCGGCAAGAGCUCCAACGUUUCGUUCGCAGCGAGACAAAUCUUCCGCGAUCAUCAGGAGAGUGCCGACAAGCUCGAUGUAAUCAUCACUGUUAUUGACUCGGACACCCACCUUCUACAAGAUUACUUUACAGAGCUUCGUCGCCUGCAUCAUAGACAUCCGAAUUCGUCAUGCGCCCUCUACGUCUGCCCGAUCAUCUUCGAUCGAAACGCCCACGAAACGAAUGUGCUCGUCAGAGUGGCAGAUAUUCUCUGGGGAGCCGCAGGUCUGUCGGGGUUUUUGCCAUGGUCCACUAUCCUGAUCCCAACCUCGGUUUACUCCCUCCCUCUUGCUCUCGCCGAACAGGUGGGAGGUUGGGACGGCGACCCAGUAGCGAUUGGCGAAGACAUGCACAUGUUGUUGAAAACGUACUUUAACAGUCACGGCAAACUCGCGACGAUUCCGGUGUACAGCGCAGCCAGCCAAUGCAACAUCUCCGCAGGCGAGUGCGACGAGUGGAGCCGUGGGUUGAGGACGAUCCAGGCUCGGUACCGGCAGGCUCAGAGACACAUGUGGGGCUGUCUCGACUCAGGCUACACAGCAAGGCGUAUCGUAGAGCUCAAGUCUUUCCGUCUAUCGCACAUACCGCUGCUGCACCUGCUGUGGGAGGCACACAUUCUUCCUAGUCAUUUUAUCCUCAUGCUUCUGACUCAGCUCGUCUACACGAGUCGCACCCCAACCUCAAAGAUCCAUCCGGAGCUCUUGUGGGCAUUUGCGACAUGUACGACGAUACGAAACGCCUCCUUCUUCGUGAUGCAGGUGGCUUUAACCCUGUACGACGGCUACCACCACUUGUGCGUGACGACACGUGCCCAGGACAUGCAGGUCGCCGGAAUCGAGGAGACGUUUGCGUGGCGCCAGCCGUGGAAGGCAAAGUAUCUUGCAGAACGCAUCUUGUUCCCCAUCGCGGGAGCCAUCUAUUCGGCUGCCCCUGCCAUCUACGCUCAGGUUUUCCAUUUCUGGACCGACCGGCUAGUGUAUUCCGUCAGCUUGAAGCCGAUUCGAGCGCUCAGCGGAACGUCGAGGUCAGCAGAAGGCUUGGUGUGAACACACCAACCUCCGCAGAAACCUUUGCCCUCCUUUCGAUAGACAGGGUUUGCGUUAAGACGCUCGCCGCGUAAGGUCUCGCACGAUUUGCAGAUGGUGCGUGUAAACGGGGGAUUGUGAGCUUGCAGACGCAACAUCAAACCGAUGCAGCCCACACCUAAGACGAUACGAUGGGCGAAAGUGCGACCGCCGGACUUCCGCAUACACGCAAGCAGACGUGGAGAAGCAUAAGACGGGGGCAUAAUAUUCGGUUCGGUUUCCUCUUCGUAGUUCGAUUGCAUCUUAGCCAAUCUUUUGUGGCGAUAAGAUACCCAGGACGAUUCCAUGCUCUUUGAACAGCGUGUAACACUGCUCGCCAACGCUUCCGUACAAGGACAGAACUGUAAUUAAGACAAGAGGCCAAGCAUAGUAUAGAAUAGCCAAAGCA